CUCUUUUUUUCUCAAAAUAAAAUUUUAAGGUGUUAUUCUAAAGUCACAUAAACUCUUGUUUAUUCAUGUGUUUUAUCAAUUAGUUGAUAAAAUAAUAUUAUCAUAUUAUGAAUAGAGGUGACCGGUGGUUUUGGGUUGGGCAGUCUCAUGGACAAUACACAGUGAAGGAUGCCUAUCGUAAAUUCAUGGGUGAGGCAGAUUUUGUACUUGGUUUCUCAAACUGGGGACGGCUUUGGAAGAUCUUGGUGGCCAUGAAGGUGAAGGUUUGCUUAUGGCGUGCUCUUCGAGACCGGGGAGUCACUUGAACAUGUCUUUCUCCAGUGCCGAUUAGCAGAUAGAGUGUGGAGGAGUCUGCAUAUUGGAGGAGACAGAAAUCUAACUUUUGGGGCAUGGUUCCAACGGCAGUGUGAGAUUUGUUCACUUGAAGGUCUACAGGUUGUGGCAUGGACUAUUUGGGCGCUCUGGAAAACUUGAAAUACCGCUGUCUGGGAGCAGCGUGUGGUAAUGCCGCAGGCUGUGGUUCGGAUGAUUCACUCCAUGGUGGCAGGAUGGAGAAAUAGGUUUGAUGCUACUGGACAGGAGGGAGCCGUUCUUCCCCUUCAUAUUCGUCGGCCAGGUGUGUUGCAAUGCUUUGUGGAUGCAAGCCUUUUCCCGCGGACUGGACGUGUUGGCUUUGGUGGAAUUCUACUUAGUCCCGAGGGUCAAUUCCGGGCAGCGUGUAACGGACCUCUUUGCUGCGUUCAAGAUCCACUGGUGGCUGAAGCUUUGGCAUGUCGUGAAGUACUUUUGUGGCUUAGACGGCGUGGUGUGCGUGAGGUCGAGCUCUAUUCGGAUUGUCUUAGCGUGGUGCAAUUGCUAUGUCAAGAGAAAAAAGAAAGAAAGAGAACUCCUUCAAGCCUUAAAUUCCUCCGAUCUCCGGCACUAAUUGGCGUGCUCAGGACUAGCCCUAGCUCGGAACCCAUGGCGACUCUCGACUCCGAUAUCAAUAUGGUUCCGGCCGACAAGGAGUCCACCGGCGGCGAUCCAUCUUCUUCGGUGGCAUCGGCUUCGUCUUCAACGAAGAAAGUCAAGAAAUUCGAGAUCAAAAAGUGGAACGCUGUUGCUCUCUGGGCUUGGGAUAUUGUGGUGGACAACUGUGCUAUUUGCAGGAACCAUAUCAUGGAUCUUUGUAUCGAGUGUCAAGCUAAUCAAGCCAGUGCCACAAGUGAGGAGUGUACAGUUGCUUGGGGGGUUUGCAACCAUGCAUUCCACUUCCACUGCAUUAGCCGUUGGCUCAAGACUCGUCAAGUGUGCCCCUUGGACAAUAGCGAAUGGGAGUUUCAGAAGUAUGGGCACUAAGGCCAUUUGUCGUAGCGAGGUGAGUGUUGCUGGGGUGGAAAAAGCACCUAAACGAAAAGCCCUUAUUUCUGUUUGUGCAAUCAUGGAACAGAUGAUUUUAUUCUGAUUGUGCUGAAUGUUUGUUUGCCAUAAAUUUAUAGUCCAUUUGAUUGCUCAUAGUAUAGUGAGUUCUUGAGUUAAACAAACAUGCCCAGUGUGUGUGCUCCAUGGUGUUUGUAUUUUCAAGCAUUUCCUUCAUUUAGUUCUUAGAAUUUAAUGCAGAUCUUCACUCACACUAGCAUUUCCCUCCCAAUCUAGAGUUUUU